AUGCAGACUGGAAAGCGGGAAAGAGUAGAUUUGAGACCUGUCUUCAGCGCUGACUACUUACACAGAUUUGGCAAGUUAAGUUUUCAUCAGCAAAACGCAGAUGAUGGUUUUUGCGGGCCCAGCACUUCUCAUGAAAGAACUGCCUUACCUUGCUCCAGAUUCACUGAUUUCAUGAAGAAUUUCUUUGAAUCUCUUAAACUUAGAAGUUUAUGUUUUCUGCAUUUUCCAGUGUUUCCAGGAAAGGUUCAAACUCAGGUGUCAUGUAGAAGACUACUUUGUGCUCACCAGUAGAGUAUCUCCAGGUCUCUUGCUGUAAGUGCAGCUUCUUCUGAAGAAGAAAGCCAUGGAGAAGCCAGUUCCUCCCAAACACCAUCCAGUGAAUGGGAUGAGACCCAACUCGUCUUCACUGUCAGACAAGAAAUGGAUAAGAGAACCAGAGGAGCACCUAAUGUGGCCUGGAGUGUCCACUUUUGGAAGUCCAUGACAAAAAAGCCUAUUAGACCCUACUCAGUCACCCCUGUGUAUCUAGAGGCUGCAGGAACACACACCAGUAGGCACAUGAGGCUUCAGAACCAGCCCUCCCGCAAUUCCAGGGGAGUGAUUUUGCCCCACUUGGGGCUGGAUGGCAGCAGUGAUGGUGGUGGUGGUGUUUAUGGUGCUGUUGUUCAGACAGGAGGUGUCACUGCGAGACCUUACAGCGCCAUCGGCCUCUGCAGGAGAAGCCAGACUCCCUCGGCCAGGUCGGGGGUCUCCCAGAGUCCCUCAGAGCCCAAGCUGGAGGACAGGGUGGCAGCCACAGUAGUCGCUCUGGCGCACCCACCUCUGCAAAGCCAGCCCUGGGGCGCGCCCGGAAGUCCAGUGGGCCGAGGCGCGGUUGCCAUGACACAGGAGAUGCUCCCCAAGCAUCCUUAUCCUCCCGGGAAAAGAGAACCCAAGGCGGACGCCUCCCACGGCAAUCUGGCAGGAGCGCUUCCUCUGCUCGCCAAUGCUCCCACCCAUCUCCCCUCAAAGAGGUUAAUCAAGGUUUGCUCCUCUCCCCCGCGCCCACCCCAGCGUUUCCAUACGGUUUGUUCACAGUCUCUAUCGCAGCCAAAAAUGUUCCUUUUGAAGCAUUUCUAA